UGCCAUGGCGUCAAACGCCAGCCACAUGUUGGAGGCUGCCUUGGAGCAAAUGGAUGACAUUAUUGCUGGUAAAAUGGGUGAAGGGCUGUUCACCGCUCUAAUGCAGAUAGAGGACCAGGAUUGCCCAGCCUCUGAGUGUACCUCACAUUUGACCCUGGAUCCAGUGGUGGACCACGCCCUAAAGGCCCUCCAGCUGACUGAGGCCCUGAGGGGAGUGCUGGAGGGGCAGGGGAGUGAGCAGGAACAGCACUCUCUCAGGAAACAAGUCUCCACUGAAACAGCACACAUUAUACUGAAGUGGCUGCACAGAGAUGAGGUGAGUACCGUAAACCUCCAUUCUACUGGCAAUAGUGAGUCCUACCAGGAGCGGUUAUCACGUCUGGAGGGAGACAAAGAGUCCCUUAUUCUGCAGGUGAGUGUGUUGACAGAACAGGUGGAAGCUCAGGGGGUCAAAAUCAGCGAUCUACAGAACUCUCUGGUGGAGCAUCAGCACAAACUCAACUCCACGGAGGAGAUGCUACAGCAGGAGUUCCUGCAUAGGACGUCACUGGAGAACCAGAAGCUGAGUCUUAUGGGGGAGGUGUCCUACCUGAAACUAAAGCUGGCAGACAUGGAGGGAAAACAGGGCCAUGGGGCUGAAAGGCAGCACAAAGCAGAGACUGUAGUGAAUUUCAUUAGUGAGCUGCAGGAGCAGAUGUGUAGGUUUCAGGAGGAGAUCAAUAGCAAGAUUCAGGAGAAAAAGGCUUUGGAGAUCCCAUCUGAGAGCAGCUAUCCUGUGGCCUGCCCCACGGAGUCCACUGGGGGCGAGGGAUCAAACCCCGGGACGUCUUGUGACCGAAUCUCAGAAGGGAUGAACAAACUAGAAAAGGCUCCAGAUGGGCCUGAUGGGAUCACUCACACCCUGGAACAGGGUAGCUCAGGGAAGCUGAACCACUGUGGAGAAGAAAGUGGCCUACUGAAAGAGCUCAAGAUUCUCAAGGACAAAGUGGAGAAUCUGGAGGAUCAGAAGUUACAGUAUGAGAAGAAACUCCAAUCAACAAAGGUAAAAAAAGUUCUGAGUUUUGAUGGUGUCUCAACUUUGCAAUAG